CGCUAUCUCAAACUUCUCAAAUCUCACAACCCAACUCUCCUCAAAAUAUCUCCCUACACGGCUACACCGACGCUACCAAGACCCCUUAACCGAACAAUGUCUAGGGCAUCCACUGCUCCCCUCACUUAGUGUGGAUCCCUGUUGCAAUCGCUCAUCAAUUCGAAAUUCCUCAAGCAAGGCAAUCAACUCCAUGCCCACAUUACCUUUUGUGGAACUCUCUGCCAGAACCAAACUUGUUGCCUUCUACACAGUUAGAUUGCGGCCAAAUGAAUGCGGCUCAGGUAAUCUUUGGUGGGAUUUUGCUGAAGAAUUCAUUCUUGUGGAAUUUUAUGAUCAGAGGCUAUGCCUAUAUUGCGUUCCUUUUAAUGUCUAUUGUCUUAUAUCGCAAGAUGCUGUCUUUUGGACGAAAGGCAGAUAAUUUUACAUGUCCUUUUGUUCUUAGGGCGUGUGGUGAUUCUUUGGCUGCAGAAAUCGGGAGAAAAUUUCAUGGUGAGAUAGUGGUUACUGGGUUUGAGUGGAAAUAUAUGCGUGUAAUUCGCUUCUGGCCAUGUACUCGAAGUUUGCGGACAUGGUGUCACAGCAAGGAAGUGUUUGAUAAAAUGCUUGAGAGGGAUUUGACGUCUUGGAAUACAAUGAUUUUGGGAGAUUAUUUGAAGAGGCAACACUUAAAGAUACUGUGUCAUGGAAUUCCGUGAUUUCCGAUUAUGCGAGGAAUGGAGAUGCUUUUGAAAGCCUCAGACUUUUCUACCUCAUGGUUUUGGACAAAGCAGAGACCGAUCAAGUAACUUUCACAGCUGUCCUUGGGGCUUGUCAUUAGAUCACUGCCUUGCAAUUUGGCAUGUCUGUUCACUCAUUUCUUAUUAAGAAACGGUUUGGUGCAAACACUAUUGUAGGAACUGCACUUACUGACGUGUAUUCAAAAUGUUGAAGUUUUGCUU